CCACGGAACCGCACUGAUUCAAACCCACAUAAACCCUAGUGAAGAGAAAGACAACGGGAAAAUCUCGACGCCCUGUUGCCAAACUGUUUCUCGCUUCCAACAAUGGUGUACAUAGAAUCUUGGGACGAGUUCGUGGACCGAUCUGUUCAAUUGUUUCGUGCCGAUCCAGACUCUACUCGGUAUGUGAUGAAGUACAGGCACUGUGAUGGUAAAUUAGUGCUGAAAGUCACUGAUAACCGCGAGUGUCUCAAGUUCAAGACAGACCAGGCACAGGAUGCAAAGAAGAUGGAGAAGCUCAAUAACAUAUUCUUUACUCUGAUGGCUAGGGGUCCAGAAGUGGACAUCUCAGAAGUUACAGGAAAAGAAGCGAUGGAAGUACAGCCUGCCAAGAAAGGAAGAGGAAGGAAACAGUAAAUUUAUUGUUAUCACACAGAUUGGCGGCUUUGAUCAAUAAUUCAGGGUUUGUGAAUUAUUUGGGAGAUUUGUAUUUGUCAAACCAUUGGAUUUUAAUAGCAGAUAUUUCUUUUGCCAACUUCAGUGCCUUUUUGCUGAGUCCUCUUUAAUAGCAUACUGAUUAGCAAUUUUUUCUAGGGAUUCUAGCUAAUGCUUUUCUCCUUUGUGUCCAUUUUUUGUGGAUAAAGUUUUACUUUAGUUAACAAAGAAGCGAUACUUUUGUUGUUUUAUGCA